AUGGUAUACCUACCUUCUGUGGUCGUUGCUGUAGCACUGGCUGGAACGUUAUUCAUGGUUCAUGUCAAUCUUCACAAGGACAACGCUUGUCAUAUGACCUACAUGUGGCGAUACAUCAGUUUAGUGCCUUUUAGCGUUGAUGGGAAUGAUGUUAGGAGUUAUGGUUUAUAUCGUUAUAUGGAAGGCAUGCUAAUCGAGAAGUCGAUGGCCAUUUCAUCAAGUGAUAUUCCAGUGCUUUUCGUUCCAGGCAGUGGUGGAUCAGCAAAGCAGGUGCGCUCUGUUGCUUCGAUUAUGAUGAACAAGACAGAAAUGACAUCAGCACCGUUCCGAAUGCAUUUUUAUGCGCUAGAUUUCAACGAGGAGCUGUCGUUUCUCGGUGGUGCAGUUGUGAGUCGUCAACGAGACUUUCUCAUAAAAGCACUGGCUACAAUUGCCAAGAUGUAUUCCCGUAAGAUAGUUCUGAUUGGUCAUUCAUUUGGUGGAACUGUUAUCCAUGCGUUACCAGCUGUUCCCGGUUUUGAUGUUUCUAAUUUGGGACUCAUAAUAACGUUAGCUGCACCACUCACUGCCUCACCUAUCGUAAUGGACGAAGCCAUGGUAACUUUUUACGAGUCAAUGGAGCAGUCAUGGCUUACUCGACGAGAUGAGUUACGCAAAGUUGGAUUGGUUUCGUAUAGUGGCGGUUCGAAGGAUUUUCAAGUGCCCGAUCAUUUGGCAGCGUUUCCUGGAAGCCACGUGAUUCAUCGCCCUUCAUGGUCUAUUCGAGGAGUGGACACGGCUGCGGACCACCUAUGCAUUCUGUGGUGUAAUCAGCUAACAAGGCAUUCGACGCGAAUUCUGUACAGGUAUGGAUUAGAGGAGAUUAAGACUAACCCGCGUUCUGCUCGCACCGUUGUGAAG